CUUGCUGGAUAACGCUGUCUGCUCUCCUUUCUGGUUACACUUUUGAUUACUCAACUUAAAAAGACACAUCCGAUGGAAUCAAAGAACAACAAUCUGGUUCUGGGUUUUGUUGUCUUAGCUGUCUUCUUAGUCUCAGGUGUCAAAUCUUGGACUGGUGAGAUUCAUGGAAGAGUUGUCUGUGAUGUUUGUGCUGAUUCUUCCAUUGGCCCCGAAGAUCAUGUUUGGAAGGGUGCUGAGGUUGCUGUUCUUUGCAUCACAAAAUCCGGGGAAGUGGUGAACUAUCAGGCUUUCACAAAUGCUAAGGGGAUAUACACAGUGGCUGAAACAAUGCCUGAGAGUGACCGGUGGGAUGCAUGCUUGGCACGACCUAUCAGUAGUUUCCAUGAUCACUGCAACCAUCUCGGGGAGGGCAGCACCGGAGUCAAGUUCACCUAUAAUCGUCCAUCAGGUUAUUUUCACACUGUCAGACCUUUCAUAUAUCGACCCACAAGUGCCCCGACCUACUGCAUUUAAAAUGUUAGUCAAUGUGUAUGCUUGAGUUGCAAUCAUGGAUGUCUUGAUAUCGAAAAGUGCAUGUUUCUAAUGGUUCAUCUUGUUCUAUGCUGUGGUCUACCCGUGACAAGCUAAGAUUAUAUAUGAACAAAGAAUUAUCAGUACCUUUAAUUGAUGUAAGGUGGUUUGAUCCAUAUCUUUUCACAUAUUUCUUUUCUUCAUCAUUGAAAUUACUUUUUCUUUGACCUCUUUAAGUGGCAUCUGAGUUCAGUUCUGCAUCAUCUUAUGUUUGGUUAAUGAUGAAUCAAUCUGAUUUCUAAUCAAAACCUUUCCAAGGUAAUCUCAAGUAAUUUGGUCAUGUUUGUCGCAUAGGAUGAUAAUCGUCCUGAAUCAAAUUCGGUUUGUAUCAUAAAAAGAGAGAGAGAUAGGAUUGCAAGAAAGAUUAGUAGUCAUCCGCUCG